AGACAUCAAACCUGACAACAUUCUGCUGGACGAAUACGGACAUUGUCACCUGACAGACUUCAACAUCGCUGCCAUCGUCAAAGACGAUCUAAGAGCCACAUCUAUCGCAGGGACAAAACCAUACAUGGCCCCGGAGCUGUUUCAGCCACACGAGGGGACACAUCCUGGCUACUCCUUCUCUGUGGACUGGUGGUCUCUGGGUGUCACUGCCUACGAGCUGCUGCGAGGACAGAGGCCGUACAUCAUGCGUUCCAGCAUGCCGGCCAAUGAGAUCCUCCAGAUGUUCCACAAGGUCAACCCCAGCUACCCCAUGGCCUGGUCUCUGGAGAUCAAGUCUCUGCUCAGAAAGUUGCUGUGUAUUGACGUGCACCAGAGAGUGUCCUGCCUGGCUGAGCUACAGGAACUGGACCUGCUGUCUGACGUCAACUGGGACUCCGUGCUCAACAAACAGCUUCCCCCCGGCUUCAUCCCCAACAGGCGGAGGCUCAACUGCGACCCCACCUUUGAGUUGGAGGAGAUGAUUCUGGAGUCUAAACCGCUGCACAAGAAGAAGAAGAGACUAGCCAGGAAGACCAGAGAGCAGGGUUCUGACGGGUCCCCCCAGAACGGUCAGCUCCAACAGCGCCUGGACAAUGUGGAGAGGGACUUCCUCAUCUUCAACAGAGAAAGGUCAAAGAAAGCUGUAGUGGGAACAGAAGCAACAGGCCUCACCACGACAGAGAAGAACAAGGCUAUUGAAGACGGACAGAACAACAACGUGGACCCGGCAGCCUACAUAUCAGGAUAGUGGACUACGGCUUUAGCCCGAAGUCGCUACGUGUAGCUGGCCCCAGCUUGUAGAUCAACACCCAAUCUCCCACUCUCCCUCUGCCGCCGGCCGGUGUAGGCACUCAGAUUGACCUUUAACCUUGACACAUUCCCCAACAGCCAGCCACUAUACCCAGACUGCUGGAGGUCACAUAAACUACUACUUUACAGAGUGAGUGGCACCUGACCUAGAGCAGACAGACAGACCCUGACUCUUUCUUCUUUUCCUAGCCCAGGGAUGUGGCCUCUCAGUGGUCACCCCUUCUUACACUCUGCCCUACCCUGACUUGGUCUGACUUGGCCUGAUGCACCAUGAUCCCCUGGAGCUCCCCUCCCUCCACCAAGUCAGCCAGGCCCAGAAAAUGAUUUGCCUGCCAACCCAGCAGGAAGCAGAGACAGACAGGAUACAGCCACCAUGCCUGCUAAGCUGAGGCUAGGCUCAGUCCAGGAAGAAAAUGAAGCCUGAUGUUGACAAAUAGGAUACUAUGUCUGCAGUACAUGAAAACAGAGAAAGGGGGUGUAAGUUGCCUCACAAAAAAUGAAUAAUAAUUAGAGAUGAGAUAUACUGCCUUUGUUUUCAAGACACCAACCACAGAUUCCUCUUGGAAUACAAAGGGAACCACUGACUUCAGCAGAGACAGAGUUUACUUAAUGAGUCUCUGUGAUGACGUUAGGCAUCACUUGUGCCUCUCAAGCGAACCAAGAUGAUGGGUACUUGACAUGGACAUUUGGGAUAUAAAUAUUUAUAGAUAAAUAGAUAUUUGUUGUCUGUUCCGCACAGAAAAUAGCUUUGCACACGCUUCUCCAUUAAUCGUCGAGGUCAAAGUGUUCUCUUCUGUUUAAUAUAGGGGUGCCGUAUAGCUCCUACUGUAUAUGACACCUGAUUGGCUUCCCCAUGCAGACAAUGAUAAUCAUAUAUGUAGUCUCACCAUCCUGUUGUUCAAUAUGUGCUUGGAAAAUAGCUUUGCCAGUCUUUUGACCCUUUCUGCAAUACAAUGACAUAUUAUCCAAGGCUUUCUCUGUCCCAGGUUAUCAGAUCUCCUAUUGGCACCUUUAUAACAACCAUUAUCGGUACAGAUAUUCUAACUAUUGUAGGUUUUGAUAAAUGUAUGUCAUUCAGGGGCCCAAUGAAAGCAGAGUUGUAAGAUGAGUUCUCUAUUUGGUUUUUCAUUUGUUGUCACUGUGUGGACUAUUACCUGUAAAUGUGGUCAAGCAGCGAUUAUAAAAGUUGUGCCUUAAUGUAAUACUUUUCUUUGGGACCCCGACCUUAUUAUUUUAUUAAAUACACAAAAUGAGCAGUUAGGUAACAUCUGGGAAUUCAAAAAAAGGAAAAGUUCACCAGUGGUUUUUUUUGCUAUUGAAAAGUAGCACAGUAAUAAAGUGCUUUAGGGGUUACCUAACUAACUGCUUGUUUGUUUGUUUUUGUUUGAAUAAAUAGCCAGAUAAGAACUGUGGCCUUGUGUGGAUUUAGCAACAGUUGGAGGCAUUGUUUAAAAAGACUGAAAAACAUCAUUGUAAAAGAGAAAAAAAAGUUGCAUUCAUCUCCUCCUGUGCAGACUGCCUUGGGUCAUAUCACAGCACUUCCCAAUCCUAUUACCUGGAGCUGUGCCCCUCUAUAUGGAGUAUAGUGGUUAUGGUGGGUAUGGGAUCUCUAUAUGGAGUAUAGUGGUUAUGGUGGGUAUGGGAUCUCUAUAUGGAGUAUAGUGGUUAUGGUGGGUAUGGGAUCUCUAUAUGGAGUAUAGUGGUUAUGGUGGGUAUGGGAUCUCUAUAUGGAGUAUAGUGGUUAUGGUGGGUAUGGGAUCUCUAUAUGGAGUAUAGUGGUUAUGGUGGGUAUGGGAUCUCUAUAUGGAGUAUAGUGGUUAUGGUGGGUAUGGGAUCUCUAUAUGGAGUAUAGUGGUUAUGGUGGGUAUGGGAUCUCUAUAUGGAGUAUAGUGGUUAUGGUGGGUAUGGGAUCUCUAUAUGGAGUAUAGUGGUUAUGGUGGGUAUGGGAUCUCUAUAUGGAGUAUAGUGGUUAUGGUGGGUAUGGGGCGGCAGGGUAGCCUAGUGGUUAGAGCGUUGGACUAGUAACCGGAAGGUUGCAAGUUCAAACUGAGCUGACAAGGUACAAAUCUGUCGUUCUGCCACUGAACAGGCAGUUAACCCACUGUUCCUAGGCCGUCAUUGAAAAUAAGAAUUUGUUCUUAACUGGCUUGCCUAGUUAAAUAAAGGUUAAAUAAAAAAUAAAAGAAAUAAAAAAUAUGGAGUAUAGUGGUUAUGGUGGGUAUGAAUCUCUAUAUGGAGUAUAGUGGUUAUGGUGGGUCUGUACCUCUAUAUGGAGUAUAGUGGUUAUGGUGGGUAUGAAUCUCUAUAUGGAGUAUAGUGGUUAUGGUGGGUAUGAAUCUCUAUAUGGAGUAUAGUGGUUAUGGUGGGUAUGAAUCUCUAUAUGGAGUAUAGUGGUUAUGGUGGGUAUGAAUCUCUAUAUGGAGUAUAGUGGUUAUGGUGGGUCUGUACCUCUAUAUGGAGUAUAGUGGUUAUGGUGGGUAUGAAUCUCUAUAUGGAGUAUAGUGGUUAUGGUGGGUCUGUACCUCUAUAUGGAGUAGAGUGGUUAUGGUGGGUAUGAAUCUCUAUAUGGAGUAUAGUGGUUAUGGUGGGUAUGAAUCUCUAUAUGGAGUAUAGUGGUUAUGGUGGGUAUGAAUCUCUAUAUGGAGUAUAGUGGUUAUGGUGGGUCUGUACCUCUAUAUGGAGUAGAGUGGUUAUGGUGGGUAUGAAUCUCUAUAUGGAGUAUAGUGGUUAUGGUGGGUAUGAAUCUCUAUAUGGAGUAUAGUGGUUAUGGUGGGUAUGAAUCUCUAUAUGGAGUAUAGUGGUUAUGGUGGGUCUGUACCUCUAUAUGGAGUAUAGUGGUUAUGGUGGGUAUGAAUCUCUAUAUGGAGUAUAGUGGUUAUGGUGGGUAUGAAUCUCUAUAUGGAGUAUAGUGGUUAUGGUGGGUAUGAAUCUCUAUAUGGAGUAGAGUGGUUAUGGUGGGUAUGAAUCUCUAUAUGGAGUAUAGUAGUUAUGGUGGGUAUGAAUCUCUAUAUGGAGUAUAGUGGUUAUGGUGGGUAUGAAUCUCUAUAUGGAGUAUAGUGGUUAUGGUGGGUCUGUACCUCUAUAUGGAGUAUAGUGGUUAUGGUGGGUAUGAAUCUCUAUAUGGAGUAUAGUGGUUAUGGUGGGUAUGAAUCUCUAUAUGGAGUAUAGUGGUUAUGGUGGGUAUGAAUCUCUAUAUGGAGUAUAGUGGUUAUGGUGGGUAUGAAUCUCUAUAUGGAGUAUAGUGGUUAUGGUGGGUCUGUACCUCUAUAUGGAGUAUAGUGGUUAUGGUGGGUAUGAAUCUCUAUAUGGAGUAUAGUGGUUAUGGUGGGUAUGAAUCUCUAUAUGGAGUAUAGUGGUUAUGGUGGGUAUGAAUCUCUAUAUGGAGUAUAGUGGUUAUGGUGGGUAUGAAUCUCUAUAUGGAGUAUAGUGGUUAUGGUGGGUCUGUACCUCUAUAUGGGGCGGCAGCGUAGCCUAGUGGUUAGAGCGUUGGACUAGUAACCGUUAAACACUAGACCUGUAGUUGAGGGUUAAACACUAGACUUGCAGUUGACGGUUAAACACUAGACCUGUAGUUGAGGGUUAAACACUAGACCUGUCAUUGAGGGUUAAACACUAAACCUGUAGUUGAGGGUUAAACACUAGACCUGUCAUUGAGGGUUAAACACUAAACCUGUAGUUGAGGGUUAAACACUAGACCUGUCAUUGAGGGUUAAACACUAGACCUGUCAUUGAGGGUUAAACACUAAACCUGUAGUUGAGGGUUAAACACUAGACCUGUCAUUGAGGGUUAAACACUAGACCUGUCAUUGAGGGUUAAACACUAGACCUGUAGUUGAGGGUUAAACACUAGACCUGUAGUUGAGGAUUAAACACUAGACCUGUCAUUGAGGGUUAAAAGCUAGAAUUAAUGAUGGCAGGUAGAUAAACAAAUGCAUGUAUGAUUGGUUCCAUCUCUAUGCUUGGUGUGUGAUCAAUUUUCUAUUAUAUACUACAAUGAAACACUGCCACCUGGUGUUUGUGAGUAGUCUACUUAAAGACAUUUUACCUUGGCAUCAAGGGCAGUUUAUUUAUUCCCUGCCAACAGUAGACUGAGAAAACAGGAUUUAGUUGUACUCAGAUGUCAAAGACGUGAAAUGAAAUAUGGUGUUUACAAAAAUCCUUUCACCUUUAAUUUAUUUAUGUCUAUGCUAAUCCAGUAAUCUAUUUCAAAUAAA